AAAAUUGGUCUUGACGAUGCGAAGCAGGAUAGCGAAACUCGACCUGGAUAGCGUAACCUUUUGGAAAUUGAAAAAAGAAGGAACUCUCUCUCUCCUUAAGAACUUUAACUGAACUAUCUAUAAACUAACCCUUGAGAUUGACUUCACGGAUUCAAAAUUCUUUAGUUCCGAAGAUGAAAACGGUAUCCGAUUGGAUCGAUUCGUGUUCGAAAGAGCAAAUGAAGACGUAUCAGGAAUGGUUCAACUUGGCCGAUUCAGAUGGAGAUGGCCGUAUCACUGGGAAUGAUGCCACCAAGUUCUUUGCUCUCUCCAAUUUAUCUCGCUCUCAACUUAAGCAGGUUUGGGCUAUUGCCGAUAACAAAAGACAAGGUUUUUUAGGUUUUGAAGAGUUUGUAACGGCAAUGCAGCUCAUUGCCCUGGCACAGGCAGGAUAUGAUCUCAACUCGGAUAUCCUUAAAACUGAAAUUGAUGAGGAAAAUGUUAAACCUCCAGAAAUGGAAGGACUUGAUGCUUUAGUAGCAAAAACAAAGAGUUUAACAAUAAGUGCCCAACCUGAUGUAUUUGGGACUGCUCUGCCUCAGCCCUUACCAUCUAAUCCAUGGGUUGCUUCAAAAUCUGCAAAGAAAUUACCUCUCAAUGCAGUGACAUCAAUAAUUGAUGGCUUGAAGAGAUUGUAUGUGGAGAAGCUAAAGCCACUGGAGGUCACUUAUCGAUUCGAUGAUUUUGUAUCUCCAUUGUUGACCAACAGUGAUUUUGAUGCUAAACCGAUGGUCAUGCUUCUCGGUCAAUAUUCCACCGGAAAAACAACAUUUAUAAAACAUUUGCUAAGAUGUGAUUAUCCAGGAGCACACAUUGGACCAGAACCUACAACUGACAGAUUUGUUGUUGUCAUGUCUGGACCUGAUGAGAGGAGUAUUCCUGGAAAUACUAUAGCUGUUGAUGCUGACAUGCCUUUUAGUGGCCUGUCAACUUUUGGUGGUUCAUUUUUGUCAAAGUUCCAAUGUUCUCAAAUGCCACAUCCACUGCUAGAUGAAAUAACAUUUGUAGACACUCCUGGUGUCCUCUCUGGAGAAAAGCAAAGGACUCAACGAAGUUAUGAUUUCACUGGUGUUAUAUCUUGGUUUGCUGCAAAAUGUGAUCUGAUUCUUCUCCUAUUUGAUCCUCAUAAACUUGACAUUAGUGAUGAAUUUAAACGUGUAAUUUCAUCUCUACGCGGUCACGAUGACAAGAUACGUGUGGUUUUGAAUAAGGCAGAUCAAAUUGGAACUCAACAGCUCAUGAGAGUUUAUGGAGCAUUGAUGUGGUCAUUGGGGAAAGUUCUGAAUACUCCAGAAGUUGUGCGUGUAUAUAUUGGCUCAUUUAAUGAUAAGCCUAUAAAUGAAGGCUUUGUUGGCCCAUUAGGACAGGAGCUCUUUGAGAAGGAACAGAAUGAUCUCCUUGCAGAUUUGGUAGAUAUUCCACGAAAGGCAUGCGACAGUCGGAUCAACGAAUUUGUGAAACGUGCUAGAUCUGCAAAAAUGCAUGCAUAUAUAAUUAGCCAUCUUAAGAUGGAGAUGCCUGCAAUGAUGGGUAAAGCUAAGGUUCAACAAAGGCUUAUUGACAACCUUGAAGAUGAAUUUAAAAAGGUUCAAAGGGAGUUUCAUCUACCAGCUGGUGAUUUUCCCAACGUGGAACACUUCAGAGAGGUUUUGAGUGGUUACAGCAUUGACAGAUUUGAGAAAGUAAAGCCCAAAAUGAUUCAAGCCGUAGACGACAUGCUUGGAUACGGAAUACCUGAGCUGUUAAAGAAAUUCAGAAAUCCUUAUGAUUGAAUUGAAAAAUGUUUAAGCAUGUAAUUGAUUUUGUCAUGAAUGUUUCUUGGCUGAGAUUUUGAAUUUAGAUUCUUAAGAAAUAGAUGGUGGAUUUUUUUUCAUGUUCAAUGUCUUAGUGUCCAUUCCUCAUACAGUCCAUGGUAAAACUUUCGCCUUUACAUGAGAGUGAAGGUGCAGCAU